CGCCAGCUUUUGCCAUCCUACGUAAGAAUUGGAAGAUGGUUCUUUAAGGGAAUACUUCCUCUAUCAAGAAAAAAAACUCCAUAAUAUAAAUACACCUCUGAAUUAUUUGAGAAAACGCAUAAAAACAAGAAGAAAAAAAACAGAGAGAGAAAGUAGAAGGAGAGAGAGAAAGAAGAAGAAGAAGUGAGACAGAAGAUGCAGAAGCAACAGUCAUGGGAUCACCAGCAAGUCCUGGCGGUAAGGAACUCGGCGAGCUUUCGAGAAAGCCCGAAGGAAGAUAGAGAAGAAGAGGAGGGUGCACGAUCGGCUUUGAUAGCGUUCCGAGCGAAAGAGGAGCAGAUCGAGAGGAAGAAGAUAGAGGUUAGGGAGAAGGUCCAUGCUCAACUUGGCCGAGUGGAGGAAGAGACCAAGCGCCUUGCAGAGAUCCGAGAGGAACUGGAAGCAUUGGCAGAUCCCAUGAGGAAAGACGUUGCAGGCCUUCGUAAAAGGAUUGAUGCAGUCAACAAGGAGUUGAAGCCUCUUGGGUAUAGCUGCCAAAGAAAGGAGAGGGAGUAUAGGGAAGCCGUGGAGGCUUUCAAUGAGAGGAAUAAAGAAAAAUCCCAACUAAUUGCAAAGCUAAUGGAGCUGGUGAGUGAAAGUGAGAGAUUGAGGAUGAAAAAGCUGGAGGAGCUGAGCAAACACAUUGAUUCACUUCACUAACUGACUUGGCAUGCAAAGUCCCUCUUAACUUUUUAAAUUUCCCUUUUUUUUCUUUUACGUUUUCUUUUUGUCAUUUUCAUUUAUCUUUUAUUGUGGUUGUUUACUGUUUGUUAAUGGGUUGUUUGGUGUGUGAAUACUUUAUCCUGUGGGUGCAAUGUCUCCUCACUUGUGCUUGACUUGCAAGGAAAUCCUUCGUACACAUAUUGCAAAUGACAAAAAGAUCCUGUUUAUUUUC